UUUAGCAUAUCUUCGUACUGUACUGUCUUUGCUGAAGGUGUGCCACCAUUCAACAUUGCGCGUGCGCUGUUCUACAAAUAACGAUCCGACGUCAUUCAAUAAUUUUUAUUGUCAAAUCAGGUCGCUUCUGACAUGGACUCUGCACUGAAUUUAGGCACUGUGUUUGUGACAUUUCUCAGCGACUUCAAAAGUGUAGUUCUUGUGUGAGCUUCAAGAAGUUUGUUACCGCGUCUUCUCUGCUUAUUAGGGUACCUUGUUUCAGUGAUGGCAUUGCAUGGCAAAGUGGCUUUAGUGACUGGUGCGGCGCAAGGUUUGGGAAAAGGUUUCUCAGAAAUUCUUCUACAAAACGGAGCAAAGGUAAGAGUGCGCAUCAGUGUUGUCAAUCAAUGAAACUGUGUUUUGUUUUUUAAUGUCAAAAUACAGGCUACAAUAUGUGUUACGUUUUGUAAAUGAAUUCUAAUAUUAAAAGAAAAUAACGUAAUCAAAAUAUAUUUAUUCGAUGUUACAUGAUUUUCUUUAGUGUAAAAGUAAUCUAUUGGUGGUCUUGUAUGUUUAGGUAGCCCUGUUGGAUAUAAAUGAAUCAGGAGGGAAGGAUUUGAAGGCUGCCUUUGAUAAGGAAUAUGGACCAGACAGAACACUGUUUCUAACCUGCACUGUUGAAUCAGAGGAACAACUAAAAGGUAAAUUAUCACCCACAUCACGCUUCAAGGAAAUAACCACAACUGACCAUAUCCAUUCUGUUCAGCAUUACCUCCAACACUGGUAGUGAUUUCAGAUCAUGUUGAUUAACAAAGAUAAAUGUUAGGCUACAAUUAUCGACUUGCCACAACUGAAGUUUCCUCUGGGGAAAAUACAAUUAUUCUCAUCUUUCUUUAAAUCUGGUUGGAAUAUGCUUGAGGAACUUUGAGCAGCAAUUGGGUUUUACUUUACACACAAACUCCAGUGAGUCAUAUAGACUACAGUAAGCCUACAUUCAGGCUGAAAGGGUGGACUUCCUUUUCUGCUGCAUUCUUUUGUGCUUUCUUAGGCACACUAAUUCCUCGGAGCAGAACAGUUGUUAAUGUAAUGUAUGGACAAAUAACCCUCAAAUCAACCGAGUGGUUACAAUGUAUUACUCAGUAGAUUCAAAAAGAAGCUGAUACAGUAUCUUUGUCAACAUAAAGUUCUGACACAGUAAUACCGGGUAGGACUUCCCUUCACUUAAGGGUGUGUUCGUAAAUUCGCACUGGCUGUCUACUCUGAUUUCAGAGCACUCUCGUCUGAGUGUGCCAGAGCGCAGAAUAACUGAUGAAUUUACGAACGCUCAAAACCCGUUGAAUAUGGCCGGUGUCAGUAAACAUCGCCAAAAGCGUAAUUCAAUUGUUUUCAGCAGUGCAGUUAGUCACCAACGCUCUGAAUUUACGAACACCCAGAGCGCUCUCUGGCACUCUAGAUUGAAUUUACUAACUCACCCAAAAUAACAAGUGAGAAGUAACUCACUCACACCUUUUUCUUCACUUUGCAACUCACAGUGACAUUUCUAUUUAUAUUCUGUUGACAGAUGCCUUUCAGAAAACGGUAGAGACGUUUGGGGGCUUAGACAUCGUCUGCAACAACGCUGGUAUCAUCAAUGAGAAGAACUGGGAGAAAUGUGUUUCUAUAAAUCUUGUAAGAUGGAGGAAGUAUUUUUUCUGUUGCAUUAUUACUGAGUUUCCUCUAACUGUUUAGGGAAGCUGUUGCCACAAACAAUGUUGGUGGUUAGCUGAGCAGUCUGAAAAAGUGUCUGGCUUUGGCUAAUAACUUCUGGUAAAACAACACCUUGAAUUGCAACAACAGUUCUCAAUGAUCUUCAUUCCAAAUCAUGUAUGAAUUCAAUAUUUGGGCUAUGAUAUGCCGGUAUAUAAGAUUAUACACGACAUAACUCAUCUUGUCUAGCUAAGAUACACACCAUACAUAUAGAAAACAUAUGUUUGUUAAAUGGUUGUUAUGAAUAUGUAUUGUCAUUGCUCUUCUGUUUAUAGGACUAUGAUUGUUUUAUGGCUGUUCUUUUCUUAUUUUUAAUCUUUUAUGGCUCUUAAAUGUUUUAUACCUUGUUUUUAUUUUGUAGUACUCUCUUUAAAUUUUAGGAUUAUUUCCAUUCCAUAAUGUUAAGCACUUUGGGCUGCUGUACUGUUAUGAUAAUCCAGGAUUCAUUGUGAGCCCUACAGAAUGGAGUGGUGAGAGGCACAUAUCUUGCCCUCCAGCACAUGAAAAAGGAGAACAGAGGGCAGGGAGGGGUCAUCGUCAAUGUAGCGUCUAUGGCAGGUGCAGUGUCCAUUUAUUUAUAUUUAUUCCAUUAAUUGACUUUCACGUCAGUUACUUUUCACUUCAGUUGUUAUAGUGACAAUUCAAGAGUUCUUUGGCUGACUCUCGAUUCCCAAAUGGCACCCUAUUCACUAUAUAGUGCACAACUAUGGGCCCUGGUCAAGUAGUGCACUAAAUAGGGAAUAGUGUGCCGUUUGGGAUUCAGCCCUUGUGUCUUCUGUUCUGACAUCUGACUGAAAUUAUGUUUCUCCCCCUUUCCAUAGGUCUGGGUCCUCUGAUGACUGCUCCCAUCUAUACAGCCACCAAACACGGGGUGGUGGGGUUCAGCCGGGCUAUGGCGGUAUGUCCCUCUUAGAAUCAGGAAUUGGUGUGCUUGACUCUAAUGGUCUUUAGCAGCUGCAGAGGUCAAACUAAACGGAUGUGUUUCGGCAAAGUUUCUCUCCUCCCAGGAGUUAGAAACUGAUCAUAGGGUUCCGAGGUAGGAGGAUUGGGAAAAGCAUAUGGCCAGGAGUUUCCCCAGUUAUAGGUUCUAACUAGGGCCUUGAGUUUUUCCUUGCCAGGCCACAUGGGCAGGAAAAACUCAGGGUUCUAGGCAUGGGGGCAUAGACAUAGAUGAUGGGGGCAUAGACAAUUGCUCGGUGUGACUUCACAUACUUCUGUUUUAAUCAUGCACUGUAUGAAGUCAAUUGAUUCCAAAGAGCCAGAGUAUGUAGAUUAUCAGACUAAGGCACACAAUUAUGAUUUGUCCCAAAUGGGGCAUCCCUAUGGGCCCUGGUCAAAAGUAGUGUACAAUAGGGUGCCAUUUGGGAUGCAACAUAGGUUUGAUUGAGAUAAUUCAGAGAUUUCCCAUGAUGCACUUCAGUAUCUGUGAGUAAAAGCAGACAUCAGAUUAGAAAGAGGAUCCCUUAUCUCUCUGCAGCACAGACAACGAGGGUGACAAAAACGCCAUCUUCUCCUUUUCCUGCUAUAUGUCGCAUCAGUUUCAUCAGCAGCUGUGGCAUUUGCAUCGUAAUUCUGAGAGAACGUGGUAGCAGGACAUUUCGUCAUUUGUACAGGAAAACCACAACAGAAAUAACAGCAGAACGUUAAGAGUUCCUCAUGCUCAAUUGAGGUUCCCUGUGUCAGUGGACAGUAGGCAGGGACUGAUGCUUGUUUGUGUUCUGACAGGAUGUCUCCCGUGUGUGCGACUACGGGGUGCGAAUUAACGUCCUCUGCCCUGCGUUCGUCCAAACCGCCAUCCUCGCCUCCCUGAGCUCAGAGGAGACUGCGGGACAGUUUGCCGGUCUGAGGGGCGUGGCAGAGAAACUACUGGAACAGUUUGGUGUGCUUGAGUGAGUCUGUCCUCCCCAGCCCCUUUCAUUAGAUGAUGUUUAGAGCAGUAAACUCACAAGCUACAGUGUUGUGAUGAUUUUACACAAUGACAGUAUGCUACAAAGUAGGCUGCACAUUUGCAUCCCACAAACAAACAGAUGUUAAUACCUCGCAUUGUUUGUAAGACAGUCAACGGAUAACAAUGCACACUCCCAGAGAAUUCACUAUUAACAACAGGGGCCUGUCAGUGUUGCAACCUGUAGGCAGGUGUGUGCGCUCUGUGCUCACUGGUAGGUAGGGAAGAGAGGAGCGGGUUGGUCUCUGUUUUACGGUAUGCUAAGGACAUGUUGUCACAUGUUUCGUUUCAGAGUCUCUGAGGUAGCCAAGAACUUCUUGAAGCUGGUGACGGACGAGAGUCGAAACGGAGAGGCCCUUUCGGUAUUGAAGGAGGGAGCUUCAUACGUAACGUUUCCCCAAGCGGCUUCCCAGCUAUCCAGUAUCCUUGCCCCCUCUCUGUAGCAGAAUCCCCCC